AUGGGAUUAACCUGUCUGAGAAAGUUUGUUUAUAUGCCAGAGGUCCUUCUAAUGUGGUUAAGCAUUAUGGAGGCUACUGUGUCAACGGCUUUAGGCGACGCACAUGCCUCUACGUCAGGAGGAGGAGAUGCUACACAUGACUCGCAGCCACAGGACACAUCAUGCGGAGAUGCUCCACAUGACGUGGAGAUACAGGCUGAUCCUACACAGCAUGCGGAGAUACCACCACCACCGCAUGCAGAUAUAUUGGAGGAGAGGAGAUUUGAGCCGUAUAGCGUAGCUUUAGAAGCUGCGGCACUACCGCCAGAUUCUAUUCCGGAUCAGCGAGCCCACGGUCCGGCCAAUGUGAGGGAUGAUUGGGAUUCUUAUCAUGAUAUGCGCCCCAUCGCGCUGCAAAGGUACGAACAAGCAAAACGUAGAUGCCUCGAACUGAAAGGUACCGAGAAACCUCCUCGACGCGGCCGCAAUGCUACUAAGGAAUCGAGCCUCAUCCCUGAUCUUAAUCGGAGGGCUGUGAUCCGAUGGGAAAACGGAGUGCCUGUUGGGGCCUUUGCCAAUGCUUUCAACAAUUUCCUUGCCGUUUUAGCCAGGAGACACGAUUUCUUCAACAUAUUUUUGACGUGGAAAUCGCAGCGGAUUGAUGCGCUGGUGGCUUGUUGGAGAUAUAUAUGUCGAUUUUUCUUUCUUGACGAUAAUAUUUGUGCCUGGACGUACUGCUUCGGGCAAAUCAAUGUAUCGUUCAAGAGAUGGCGGUUUGAGGUAAAGAAAAAAUAUUUUGUCCAAAUAACAGAAGAUUGGGAGCGAUACUGGCAUCUUGACACGCGUGUGGAUGGAGUAGAUUUUUUUGCACUUUGCAGUUACUGGGACACGGCUGAAAUUCAGGCUCAAGCUGAAAUAGCAAGGAGGAAUCGCAACGCGCCUCGCAAUUACGAGCAUCACGGGGAUUGUCAUUUUGAUGAAUCACAUUUCCCAACAUUAGGGGGAGGUAAAGAUCAACCGAAAAAGGAAAUUACAUGGACAAUAUCAUUAGACUUUCUUGAUCCUCGUACAAAAGAAUAUGAACUGAAAGUUCAAAGGAUUAUACAUUUACAGAAAAUUGCAAACCAAUUAUCAGAUGCUUUUAGUGAUUCUAGAAGAAUUACUAAAUCGUAUAUUCCAGCAGAAAAUGCUCCGAUUAAAAUUGAUAUCCCAGAAAGACAAAUUAAAAGUGCUAACGAAUCUAAAGCACGCCUGAAGCGUGAGGUCACUCUUGAAGAGCCAACUCCUGAAGAAAAUAAAACUUCAAUAAAUUUUGUUAUUACGAGAAAGAGUUGGAACCGAAGAGAAGUAAUUGUCGACAAUGCAUUUGCAUAUAAUAUAGCACUUGAUAUUAUGGAAGAUGAUGAGGAUCAUGAACCUAGAUCGGUUGAUGAAUAUCAGUGA